UAAAUCUCGCCUAUUCAGAGUCUGUGAGCGAUCUCAGGUCCAGCGGAGUUGUCCGUCUUUUUCCAACAUUUCUCCGUCCAGGAAUACAAAGUGAUGCUUCACCGUGACCGGCUGCAUAGAGAGGCAGAGGAGGACCGGCGGUGACAACUUUAUGUCCUGUUUCUCUCUCUUCAAAGGAGUAUAUUUCUCUCUUUUUAAACUUUCGGCUUGAAGAAGAAGACGCUGUGUUUUGCGUCUCUAGUAAUGUCGGACCGCUUUUAAGAACAAUUUCGCAGAUUUUUCUGUCUCUAUGCGGGAGAGGAAGCAUCUCGGGGUGAUUUUUUGCUACUUUGUGAUCCAGUCUGGAUUGUGAGCUGUCGUGUUUCAGCGCAGGAAUGCCUCAUUUUUCGCCGUAACUCCAUGUAAAUCUCUUUGUCGUCCAGCUUUUUGCCCAGCGGACUCUCCUGCUGCCACUGGAUAUACGAGGACUUUUUGCGCAGUAAUUUGCUGUAAAUGGAUCGCCAGUCCAGUUUCAUUUCCAUUUGGCUACAACUGGAACUCUGUGCCAUGGCUGUUCUUCUUACUAAAGGAGAAAUAAGGUGUUAUUGUGAUGCCCCGCACUGCGUGGCCACCGGAUACAUGUGCAAAUCAGAACUGAACGCCUGUUUCACCAAAGUCCUGGACCCACUCAACGCAAACUCCCCCCUCACCCACGGGUGUUUAGACCCCAUCGCCAACGCUGUAGACAUCUGCAGCAGCAGCUCGAGGGCCACAGACGCCCUGACUGGGGCCUUGGCCACGACGCUGGAGUGCUGCCACGAUGACAUGUGCAACUACAGAGGCCUGCACGACCUGGCACACACCAGGGACUCAACAGAUAGCCGGUUCCAGCCGGACAGCAACAACAGGAACCUCGUGACCCGGGUCCAGGAGCUGGCCUCGGCCAAGGAGGUGUGGUUCCGGGCAGCGGUGAUCGCCGUACCCAUCGCCGGUGGCCUCAUCCUGGUACUGCUCAUCAUGCUGGCGCUGCGAAUGCUGCGCAGCGAGAACAAGCGGCUGCAGGACCAGCGGCAGCAGAUGCUGUCACGGCUCCACUACAGCUUCCACGGCCACCAUACUAAGAAGGGUCAUGUGGCCAAGCUGGACCUGGAGUGCAUGGUGCCGGUCACAGGCCAUGAGAAUUGCUGUCUUACCUGCGACAAGAUGAGGCAGGCCGACCUGGGCAACGACAAGAUCCUGUCUCUGGUGCACUGGGGGAUGUACAGUGGCCACGGCAAGCUGGAGUUUGUAUGAUUUCCUGCUGGGAACUAAGUGACUGUCACCUCCCCACAACCAGCCGGGACUGCCUCUCAAUCGCUGGCUUUUGUUUUUUUUACUUUAAAAAACAUUCCCAUUUUUUCGUCCAUUGGACUGUUGGGUUUGUGUUUUCAGUUUUUUGAAACCAGUGGCGAAAAAAUACGAGACUGAUCUCAUGCCGUGUGGUUUUUGCUAGAGGAGCACUUUACUUGAAAAUGAAAGGCAAAGCAGCGAGCAGCUGUAUUUAAGCUUGAGAGGGCAGGACUGAGGUGGAGUGAGAUCUCCAUCACUGCUCCAGAGGAUCCUGGACUUUUACACUGAGCGCUGAAGGAUUCCAAAUCUGUCUUAUUUGCACAUUUGUAAAAAAAAAAAAAGAGAGAGAGAGAGAAAAAAACAAAAAAGUUGUUGAUGCUUAAAACAAGAAUUUUACACUGACACCAGGGUACAAAAAAGGACUUGUUUGAGGAGUAAAAAAAUUCAGUGUUUGACUGUAGGUGUGCACACUCCUCUGUGUACGUUUCAUGAUUCAAGCUUAUUGUAAAGAUUUUAAAUAUAUAUAUAUUUUUGUCUGAUAAAACUGACUGGUGUGUGUGUGUCUUGUUCUGGGUGAAUGUCCAACAUCUCUCUGUGAUCAGACUAUAAGCUUGAUUGUGAGUGUGAAAGAAAAACUUCCAUUAAAAGUGACUUUUUAUUUA